UUCGCGCCUCAUGGCAAUACUACCCUAGGAAAUUCUUCCUACUCAGGUUACUUUACUUAAAGGGCACAUGUUGCCAGUUAAAAGGACAAGCCUCCGAUUGUCAAUCAUUCAGAAUUUCAAAAAGCACCUUAAGAACUGUAAGAAAUAAUCGUAUCGAGUUUGUGAUGCUAACAUGGAUACCAAGGUCACGGACUUCCCCACGGACAUAUGACGAUCGACCUGCUGUGACAACCCCGGAUCUCUAUUGUUAUUGGCUGACCAUUUGAGUCUAUUGAUUGAUUAAUAUAAGCUAUGUUUCUUACAUUAAUCUGCAUACAAUGACUUCGAAACUGUUGGCAAACAGCAUCAAGCCCUUUAAAAGAUAAAAAAGAUGUCAUCUCAACUUACAGAACUUGGGAAUGGGAGAACGUGGACAUUAGGUGAUAAAUUCGAGGCAAAGUAUCCUCAUCACGAGAGCGUGAAGGCAUUGUGGGAGACGAAAUGGAGAUUCCCAGUGUGUGCUCCCCGGGCUGGUAUGAAUCCGGCGAUCAUACUCAUAUUUAACAGUGUACGAAAAGUGUAUAUCCUUUCCAUGAUGGAAAAUUCGAAGAUUUCGAACCUAUAUUUGAGAAUCUAAUUGCUGUGAGUAUUCCCCAUUGCCUCCCUUCAGCAAUUGACAAUUAUUAGAACGAUAUAAAUGAUGGAUAUGGUGAUAGGUACACUGAAGCCUUCUUUCCAAUUGCCGAAAAGCUCACCGCACAGGGAGAUGACGCCGUAGCUUCUGGCAAUCAAACCUUAGCCUCUGAGCUCUUUCUUCGAGCUGCUUGUGUUUAUCGAAUUGCACGAUUUCCAUACAUCGGUAAAUUCCCGAAAAUCAGUUCCCAAGUUAAAUGGAAAGCAUGGGAUGCCCAAAAGGCAGUAUAUAUGAAAGCUGCAACGAAAUGGGAUUGUCCAUUUGAAGAAGUUUUGAUUGAGCAUGCAUGUGCGGAGGGGCAAGAUCAAAUCGAGAUACCACUAUACGUGAGAUAUCCUUCUAAGGCUAAAAGCAUUAAGGUCCCCGCUGUUCUUCUUUUGACUGGACUUGAUGGAUAUCGACCGGAUAAUACAGUUCGGAGCGAUGAGUUCAUCAGCCGUGGAUGGGCAUGUGUGAUUGCGGAGAUUCCAGGGACAGCCGAUUGCCCUGCUGAUCCAGGUGAUCCUUCAGCUCCUGAUAGGUUAUGGACAAGUAUUCUGAACUGGAUGAAAUCAGGAGAUAGGUUUGAAAUGAGCCAAGUGAUGGUCUGGGGUUUGAGUGCUGGUGGAUAUUAUGCCGUAAGACUAGCUCAUACACAUAAAGAUCGAUUGAGAGGAGUAGUUGCACAAGGAGCUGGAGUUCAUUACUUCUUUGGUAAAGAUUGGCUUGAGAAGGCUGAAGGACAUGAGUAUCCAUUCCAGUGAGUGUUUUGCUGACUAAAUUUCCGAGAACCAGAUACUGACAUUAUCCAGACUUGGUCCCGCUAUGGCAUUAAAGCACGGUUAUACCUCUGUAGAAGAAUUCCGGGACAAUGUUCAGAAGAAGUUCUCACUCCUGGAAACCGGAAUAAUUGAUAACCCCUCGACAAGACUUUUGCUCAUCAAUGUAUGAAUAACAUCUUCAAAUUUGUGAUGUAUAUCGUGACUGACGCACACUAAUAGGGAACUUUGGACGGACUGAUGCCGAUUGAGGACUCCCAACUACUGUUUGAACACGGAACACCGAAAGAGGCUCGGUAAGUUAGAAAGAUAUUCGUAUAUUCGGUAACGCUUUGUUAACAGUAUUAGUUUCUUUGCCGGGGCGUUGCACAUGGGUUAUCCAAUGGCCAAUUCGGCAGUGUAUCCAUGGAUGGAGAUGGUGAUGGAAUAGCGCAAAGGAUAUACCGUAUUUGAAAGAGUCAGAAUUCGAACGAAAAAACCACCUUCAUUUCAAAGUCCCUAUGUGAGAUAUUUCGGGCAAAUAUUAUAGUGCUUUAGAAGCCUAAUGAUUUUUAUUGUGUAUAGCAGCGUGUAGUAUACCGUGGCCCAUAUUUUGACUGGUCAUCGUGACGUCCUAGGCCCAAUUUGACUAACAAGAGAU